CCACCACAAAUGCACACCAUGCAUACAGCCCUCUCUAGUAGGUGGUGCAGUGACAUUGUAAACGGCAAAAAAAAAAAUACAAAAAAAAAUGCAUCGGCGAUGCACGGUUGGAGUUGUAGAUGACGAAAUGCAUGCUGUUGGACAAGUGGGGAAAUUAUAUUUGUUCGUCUUAAAAGGGCUAUCAACGGUGCGAUUAGGAGACAAAAUAUUGCUCUGUUAGCCGUUAGUAGUUUUACGACGGGCAGCAGUCGGUUUGCGUCUUAUGUAACUAACGGCCUGAGCAGCGUCGGUAAGGAAAGAGGGAUCUGCUGAAUGAGAGAGAGGAAAAGAGCAGCACCGCUUUGAAUUCACAUGGCAAUUUACAUUUAGGUUAGGACACCCAAACGCUACACAAAUACAAAUUGGGGGGCUACCGGGGACGGCUACUGCUUUGAUUUGAGACUGAGUUUGAAGCCAACAGCAAGGGGACGUGGAGUGACUUAGUCGCCUCAAGUAGGUUUGUGGUUUUUUGUUGUUAAGGUGAUGGUGAACUGUGACAACCGUGACUGAGGACCUAAACCAGAAGCAAAAAAAGAAAAAAAGACUGGACAGCAAGAAAGGCAGCCUGCAUAAUACUUCUUAAACGGAUCUACAACACACUUGAUCAAACUCAAAGCUGUUAAGCAUAAGAGUAGCAACAGCCCUGGACCAAAGGUAGCUGAUGCUACGUGGAGUUUAAGACCUUCUUAAAUAAAAGUUUUUGCUCUGAUGUUCACGGACCUGUGUGGAGUUACGUGGACCUGAUAAAGAAAUGGAGGGAUAUUAGUUUGGGCCCGACACCUGGUUUCUGCUUCUCAUUAUCGUGUGGAGUACGGAGGGCCAGUAGCCGAACUGUUGGCUGCUGCUGGACGGACCGUUGCGGCACUGGGUCGAAUCGAGCCGCUUCAACAGAGCUGAUGCCAAGGCCAGGAGUCAGCCAUGAUGUUUUUAUAACCUGAUGAACAGCAGAGAGAUGGUGAGGAAGAAGAAUCCCCCUAUCCGGAGUGUGGGAGGUGAGGAGGAGGAGGAAGAAGAGGGGAGGAGGCCAGCAGGAGAAGAGGAAGAGGAGGGAGAGGAGGAGGGGAGAGUAGGAGCAGAAGCUGAACGAAUAAACCGACCCUCUGAACCAGAAUCCUCUGACCAGAUCAGAGGAGAUGAAGAGCAGGAAGAAGAGGAGGGAGAGAGCGAGUGCGUAUCCUCAUCUGUCUCUCCCUCAUCCGUUGGUGACCGCUACAGCAAUGAGGAGAGAGGGGGGAGGGCCAAACAAGGAGGAGCGGGGUUGACUGACAGACCCGAGAGCCAGUCGGAGCCUGAGGAUGGGGAGAAGGGGGUAGAAGAAGGAGAGAGGAGCGAAAGAGACAGAGGGGAGGCACAUCAUCUCGCUACUCCUCUCCUCUUUGCUCCCCACCUCCUCCCCAGACAGGAAGGAGGGGAGGAGUCGACAACUGACACCCCUCCACUUUCCUCCAGCCCCUCUCCUAAACUCCAGGACUUUAAGUGCAACGUGUGCGGUUACGGUUACUAUGGCAACGACCCUGCUGACCUGGUGAAGCACUUUAGGAAGUAUCACCUGGGCCUGCACAACCGCACACGGCAGGAUGCUGCCCUUGACACACACAUCCUGGCCCUCCACAACAUGGCUCCCCAACACACAUCUCUAGAUAUACAAGCAGGACAGGGGCAGAGGAACCAAGCCAAAGAGUUGGGGAAGACAAGACCAGAUAUACACAAUCAGCAGCACAGGACAGUUAUGAUGAAUGGCACAUAUGACGUACAGGUGAUGCUGGGUGGCACACUAAUUGGGAUUGGCCGGAAGACCUCUGAUUGCCAGGGGAAUACGAAGUACUUUCGCUGCAAGUUCUGCAACUUCACAUAUAUGGGCAGCAAUUCCUUAGAACUUGAACAACACUUCCUGUCCUCACAUCCAAAUAAAGUAAAAACUCCGCCAAGCACCCCCCUGCUGGCCACCAAUAACCUGGCAACUCAUGACAACCAGGUGAAGGAAAGGAGUCAAAUCUUAGACGGGGCGGAGCGAGUCGCAGUGAGAGCGGAAGAUGAUUCGUUGGUUGGGUACUCCAUCCCAGUCAGGGCGUGUUCAGAUUCAUCAAGCUGGACAGGGGAGCCAGGUCGAGGUGCUGUGCAGGCGUAUUAUUGGUGUAAAUAUUGUAGCUGGAGUUGUGAGUGGUCAGGGGGCUCGGCAAAGCUUUUAGAGCACUAUGAACAAACACAUAGAAUGAGCACGGGAGGUACUGUGAGCCCCAACAACUCUAAUCCUGGUGGGAUGGACAGAGAGAGGGAGAGAGGGGGGAGAAGAGAAGUAGGAGAAAGAGACCACAUGGCAUCCAAAAGCCGCAAAGAUCUAUCAUCCAACCCAUCCAGCACCAGCCAAGGAGACCCAAACAGCAGUGAUUCAGAAGCAGUCGUGACCAGUUAUAACUGUCAGUUGUGUGAUUUCCGGUACUCAAUGGCCCACAGUGCAGAUGUGAUCGUAGUAGCACCGUUACUACUGCACUACCAGCACAACCACUCCAUCCACCGAUGCUGCAUUCAGCACUGCAUGUAUUGUCCACAAGGACUCUGUCAGCCGCAUAAACACCUGGGGGAGGUGUCUCACCCCUUUGCUUGUCGAAAGCCCACCUGCUCUAAAUGCUGUUCCAAGUUUCCUCAGUCCACCAAACAGCAGGAAACCAUCAGUUCAAAACCUUCUACCGCCUCCUCACCCAGCAUGACCCCUCCUAAUCCUAGAGGUGACCCCGGUGGGAUUUCAUCAUCAACUUUUCACCCCUCUAACCCUGCCCAUCCUGUUGUCACACAAGGUGUCACCCACUUGUGUGACCAGUGUGCAUUUGCCACCACUGACAUCGAUGUGUUGCUCCAACACUACGAAAGCUGCCACACCCUGAUUAACCUAAAGGGGGCUCUUCCACAUGUCAAGGCUGAGGAAGAGGUUGGGGGAGAGAAAGAAGGGGGGAGAGGAGGAGCAGAAAGGGAGUACUCUUGUACAAAGUGUCACUUCAUCACGGAAGUGGAAGAAGAAAUUUUUAGACACUACAGGCGUGUCCACGCAUGUUGCCGUUGUCGACGCUGUGACUUCACAGCUCCUGAUUCGUCAGCCCUCCUCGACCAUUUUAACUCCGCCCACUGUCAUGAAUCCUCUCCCUCAUUAAGCUCAUUGACAACGACCUCCUUAGCCACCUCACUGAUGACCUCACUGACGCCUUCGUUAACACUCUCAGCCAAUGGCUGCUCAGCUCCCUCUACCUUAGCCAUUAAAGAAGAAAGUAAGGGGGAUCUUCGGCUCCUCUACUCCCUUGCACCGCCUGAGGGACGGUUGGCAGAAGGAGGCAGAGAAGCGGCAGGUGGGGUGGUAAAAAGUGAGGGAGGUGAGGAGAAAGAAAGAGAGCGGGAGAAAGGCUGGGUUCUUGGAGAGACAAGAGGACUAGGAGAAAGAGGAAGUGAGCAGGCCCAUGGUUUACUCUGGGUGCCCAAGGAGCGAAAGGGACCUGAAAGAGGAGUAGAACGAGGAACAGGAGGUGGGAGCCCCUCUCGUUUCUCCUCCCCCCUCUCAUUGUCAUUUGUUUCAGCCAAUCAUGAGGCCUCGCAGCAGAAAAGAGGCGUGGCUUCACCUAGCAUGGUUUACCUGGGAGACACAAAGUCGUUUUUGGGAGAUACCAAGCCGUUUUUGGGAGAUGCCAAGCUGUACGGAGGAGGACGGCCAGGAGGAGCCACUGCAGGUGGAGGUGGAGGGGAGAAACAGAUCCAGAUGCCCCCUCAGCAGUACACAGGAGGAGGAGGGAGUGGAGGUGGAGGAGGACAGGAGACGAAAGGAGGAGCUGCUAAAGAGGAGUCCCAGUCCCUGCUACGGCGGCGUAGAGGCAGUGGGGUCUUCUGUGCAAACUGUCUGACCACCAAGACAUCGUUGUGGAGGAAGAACGCUAAUGGAGGCUACGUUUGCAACGCAUGUGGUUUAUACCAAAAACUACAUUCGACACCCAGACCUCUAAACAUCAUAAAGCAGAACAACGGUGAACAAAUAAUACGACGCCGAACCCGAAAACGCCUCAACCCUGAUUCGCUGUCAUCUGAAACCCCCGCCCCCAAGCAACAACGCAUCACCAGCGAGGAGCGUAUGAACGGGGAGGAGUCGGACAGAAGCUGUGCAUCAAUCAAAAACCAGCAGCCUUCCCCUCGCUCACGCUCACCCCGAUCCACUCAAGCCUUCUUAGCCAAUCAAACAUUGGAGAUCCACCGACGCAUGCCUCCUCUGCUCCUCCCUUCACAUCCCCCCUCCUCAUUGGUAGCUGAGGGCAAUGGAGGUAUCGCUGAGGGAGGGAUAACAUCAAAAGUAGAGGGAGGUAAAGGAGGAGGGGGAUCAGAAAGAGGCAGUCCGAUUGAAAAGUAUAUGCGUCCAACCAAACCGUCUAGUUAUUCGCCUCCUGGUUCACCCAUUGAAAAGUAUCAGUAUCCCCUUUUCUCCUUACCCCUACCAUUAACCCUCUCACCUGAUUUGACCCCUGAGUCGGAUUGGCUCAGAUUCUGGACCAAGUAUAAGAUGGCAGCCGCCUCUGGGGUUCCUGGUAGCAUCAGUAAUCUAAGCAGCCCUGGAAGCCUUGGAAAUAAUGCUCAUUAUCUUGGUGCAAUGGUGACUCCAGUACAGCAUCAUCAGCAAAACUACACGGUGCCUUACUGCGCCUCUCCCUACUCUCCUCUCCCCCCUCCUCCAGCUCCUCCUCACUAUCCUCCUCCUCCUCUUCAUCCCCAAAUCUCCUCACCAUCAUUAGAAAAUGAUGCUCCUUUGGAUCUUGCAAUAAGACAAAGAGAUACAAGUGCUGCAAAUGCACACAUGACAACAAAUGGUGCAGAGAGGAAAAGGCAAGAGUCGCCACUAGCUGAGCGGUUGAGAGAGAACUGGAAAGGAGAGAAAGAGGAGGAGGAGAGGACAGAUGAAGGAGGGAACCAGAAGGAGGAGAUAGGAAAGGAAGAAAAGGAUCAUUUGACAAAAAGGCGGUCAAGUGUCCCAUUGAAUCGCACAAUGGUGGAAGUGGCCACGCAGGAUGAUCUGACCAACCGUUGCAUCCACUGUGGGAUCUACUUCCUAGACGAGGUCAUGUAUGCCCUGCACAUGAGUUGCCAUGGCGACCAGGGACCAUACCAAUGCAGUUUUUGCCUCCACAUGUGUGCGGAUCGCUAUGAUUUUACCACACACAUACAGAGGGGUUUACACAGGUACUCAGACAAAACGUCACAAAACAGGGGUCACGUGCAAGGCGGCAUAAUUCAGAACGCCACGGUGACGUCAGAACGCGAGUGUCAUAACGCGACGCCAGAGGAAAAAGAUGAAGGUGAUCAUGGUGAGAUCACAGAUGAAAGAAAUGAUGUCAUAAGAGUUUGUCAUGACAACCAAGAAAAAGAAAUUACAGGCGAUGAUGCCAGUGACAAUGAAACAGGAGUUGCAGAGGAGGUAAGCGGAGAGGAUCAUGACAUUUCAAACCAGGAAAUGGGAGAUAAGAUGGUGUCAUAUAGUAGUGAUGACAUCACAAAAACCACAGAGGUCACGACUGUUGCUGAAUCUAAAAACUUAGAUGAGAACACAGAGAGUAAUUAAUCUGAUGCCUUUGACUCACACAAACCUUUAAGAACGCAUUUUAUUGGAUGAAUAAGCUGUAUGCCUCCACGUUCCUGGAGGCUAGCUCAUGUCAAAAUGGGCCUAUCCUGGGCACUAAAUGGAACACAUCCUUAUGCUGGAAGCACUCGGCUGACAAAUGGUCAAAAGUCAUUGUAGGAUCCCGCUGAACCGCUGCAGGGACAGUUUGGAGAAAUAGCCUGAAUCCUGUGUUGAGUGACGGUCACUUGACAGCUCCGUGGCAAGUAUUCAACAACAGAGUCCUGGCAUGCAGCUGAAAUCACCUUAAAGAAACAGCCACUUCAUGUGCUUUCCAAAUAAGAGGAUUGGAAGCUCGACUGAAAGUUGGACUGGUCUCAUUUAGGAUGAGUUUGAGGAGCUCAGCACUUGCACAGCCACCGUACAGCAGAGCAAAAAAAAAAAAUGCUAGGAUCAAAACACUUUAACUGAGCUGGUCUGUUAUGCACCACACUAAACUGAACCCCGAGCUGGUCCAAACUAGUCUGAUGCAUCAUUCAAACUGUUUUAUCUUGGUACAACCAGAUCUGAUCUGGUUAGAACUACUUGGUUCUUUGAGCAUGUUUUUGACAGUUUUACCGCUGUGCAAAUGGAUCCAAAACCAAAACUUAUUUUGACUCUUUGAAAUUGGUCAGAGUUAAACCAGUUUGUGCUGGGCUGCAGUUCAGCUGGGAUUACCUUGGUACAAGUGCCCUGUUGUCUCUGAAACUAUCAAUGCAUAAUCACCACCGCUGCAGAGUGGCCCAAACUGGGAGACUGGUUGGAUUUGUUUUGACCGUGACUUUUUGAACUGCUUGAAAAACCGGAGUAAUUCCGGACCGAAGUGUUCUCUUCAUCCAUUUGGAUCGAACCAAGUGACAUUCUUUUCUACCUUCCUCCGUGCCAUGAUACUAGCUACGUGCCUGGCUGCCUGCCUAAUAGAACAACCAUCUAUUAAUCUGCUUAACAUUUAUAUUAAUAAUAAUAAUGGUAAUAAUAAUAAUGAUAAUGUUAUAGUACAAAACAUGCAAUUUGCUACACUUUCCUAUAUAAUAUGUCAUUUUGUAAAGGCAAAUAAUGCUUUUUUUUGCAGGAAAUGGUACUAUAAAAAUUAGUCUAUUUGAGUUUUUUCUUUUUGAGCUAUUUGUUGUUUGUGUUCUUAUGGAGACUUGUUACAUUGAUAACAGCCAUCUAACAGAAAUGGUACAGCAAGGGGGGGGUGGGGGGAUGGGGGGUGUAUGUGUGCAUUUGUGUAAUUGCGUUUAUGUGUGUAAGGAUCAAAGGAUGUGUCCGUCCCCUAAUGAUGAUGUAAAAUAAUGAAGGCUUGCGCUCGGUAUUUCAGUCCUCAGGGGUCACACGUGUCGCACACCAACCCACCUGUUUCAUAGCAUGUGACACAUCAUUUUAACAUGUUAAAUUGUCUAAUGGUUUUAGCAUGUUACAUAAUGUUCUCUUACUUAUAUAUGUUCUUAUCAUGUUCUUAAUGUGUUAAUAGGUCAAAAUGGUCUUAGUAUGUAACUUUUUUUUCUGUUUGUCUUUCACAUUUUAGGUUACAUGGUUUAAUAGAGAGACUUAGGGAGAUAAACCCUAAAUUUUAUCAUAAGGAUCAAUUAUUUGGAUUAACUGUAUAAACUUUUGCUCUGUAUUGAGUCUACAGAGCGUCUUGCCUACAGUGUUUUAUUCAGCCUAUCUCAUAUUUCUGAGAGUUUGGUAGGUUACCUCUAUGUAGCAUGUAAGCGUCUUAUAAAAUCUGCAAAAUAAGUUGCCUUUUCUAUGGAUGGGAACUGUUACAUGUUUGACCUAAAUAAUACUGAAAAAACACAAGAUGGCAUUGUAAAGUUCCAUUUUAAAAUUCAGUGAAGUAAAAUGAUCAUGUUGCUUUCAACUCAAACUAACUCCAUCCCACUUUUCUACCAUUUCAUUACCCACUUUUGGGUUCUCAAUCAGUCUUUCAAAUAGACCUGAAACCAUAAAUGAGUCUUUUUUAAAACCAAAUUUCACAGUUUAUCAUCAUUGCUUAUUUUCAUCAUAGAGAGAGUUGUGACAGUCAGGUUGAGUCCCCCUAUGCGUCAGAAUGGAGCAACACAGUGGCCAUCUUGUUUAUUUUUAUAAAGAGAGAAUCACUUCUCCAGCCUUGCUGCCUUAGUUGCUAGGGAAAAAAAUCGCCAAGGGACUCCUUUGAAAGAAAUAAUAAUAGGCCGAAAGAAAAUAAGGAAGGAAGAAAGAAUGAGAAAAAGAUAUUUUUCUAUGCUUAUCCAAAAGACGUGAAUGAAAAAUAAUCCGCCUAGUGCCUGGUAACUUGUACAGUUUUUCUAAUGGUAUGUUUGUCUGUGUCAAAACAUUAUGUAAGUUAUGAGUCAGGCAGAAGUUGAGCAAAAAGACUGCUAUAUUGAUUCCCAUGCAGCAAGUUAUCAGAGUCAUCCAUUAUGAUACUUGAUUUCAGCCUAGCUGUCUGAUUGGUCAGAUACCGGUUCACACUUGGCAUUUUCAGCCCAUGAGAAAGACCCACAUAUGCUUUUAAAAAAUUUAAUUGGUUUCUAUGCUAACUUUCCAUCACUAGUUAAGCAUCUUUCAUUUUUGCAUGUAUGUACACUAGAAAUGUUCAGACAUAUGCCUUGGUAACUUUUGUAUGAAAGACAUAAUACCAAGAAGAUUAUCUCUACUGUGUAUUUGGUUUAUUUGGAGAUGUAAGCUGAAUUAUGGCAUGCAGUCAUGUCACCAGAGUGCCCAUAUCAUGGUAAAGGUAAAGGCCAUUCUAAGGUGUUAUUAUUCUAAAGAGGAGUCAUUAAUCAUUAAUUAAUAUGUUUUAAUACAUUUUCUAGACGUAAAGUCAAGACAGUUUUGUCAGCACAAGGUCAAAUUUCAUUAUUUUUUUUAAACCAGCAGCGAGAGGAGAUUUCUUUCUUGCAGAAAUUUUAAGACACCAAGGCAAAUUCUCUACGUUGUUUAGAACGCUACAAAAUGAAAUAGCUGAACUUUUCACAAGACGGAUCGGUGUGUUGUUGUGUUCUGGUUGCAGGUUGAUACCUCAAAUAUUUAUGUUAAACCGUAAUGCAUUCUUUUACAUAGGAAGACCUUGUAUACUCUGUAUGUUGAGGCAAUAUAGAUUUUCCAAUCUUUUCAUAAAACUUUUUCAGUUUCUGCUGAAACGCUCAAGGUAUAUUUUAUUUGCGUCAUACCUUUACUCCUUAACAGCAAAAAAAAAACAACCCUGUCCUACCAGCAUUGCACACAGUACUGAAUCCGUUACAUUAAACACUAAGAAACCUUUCAAACUACUGGUGCAACAUAUUUACAUUGGACUUUGAAGUCAUUGCUGUUGACAGAAGACUUCUCACUGCUGCAGUAUAAAUGCAAAGAAAUCAGUACCUAUUUAGGAUGGCACAAAUUCACGUGUGCCACCCUUCUGUCUGACCUACAUCCCACUCUGGUGUCAAGUGCAGGGAUUUUGUCCUCUGACGAGUUGGCUUAACACCUUUAGCAUGUAUGGCUCCACUAUCCAUAUCACACCUGUCAAGUAAAGGCUUAUUAAGUGCAUUAGUUAAAUGGUUCAAAAGUACUUUUAUUCUGAAGUUUGCCCUUUAUUUGCCGAAUAGGUUUGAUCAUGCUGUAUAAGGACUGAUGAAGCCAAUUCAAAAAACAAAAUGUUUGUCUUUAUUUUAGGAAAUCUCAUGUGCUAAUAUGUAAAGUUUUUAGAAUUUAUGUUUUUCAAUUAUGGGCAUCUUUUAAGGGGCUGCGAGCAUAAUAAAAACUGUUUACAUUUGCAAAUGUAGCAACAAAAAAAGCAAAGGAAUGAAGCAGUGCUUUCUUAAAAGACAGAACAAAAGGAAGGAUUGAGGGAUACCUGCUGAGAUGGAUAGAUGGGCGCCUUUGAAGAAUAUAUGGGUGGAUGAAUAGAGGGAGAAUGGGAUCAAAUGACGCUUGUAGUGGGUGAUAAAAAGAGGUUUAGUUUAUGUAUCCAUUCAUCCCCUCUCUUCUGUUUUGUUUGUCUCUUUUAUUGACCUCUCUUCAACAUCACUGGUAUCGUUCUCAUCUGUUGUCUAAUUUGACAUAUACAUCUCUUUUCUUUUUAUCUCUCCACCUACUAUUACUUCUCUCUGCCACUCAUCUCUUCUGUAUUCCUCCACUUUCCUGCAUCCCUUCUUUUGAUAAAGCUAGUCUCAGUUGACACAUUGAGGGGAUUUAAAUGGGAGUUAGGUGAUUGUGUCAUACUGUGUUGCGCCCAAAAAGCUGAGGUCGGCUCAGUUACUCCAGAACUGACAGGAUCCUAUCUGCUUAUGUUGACUUUGUUUAAGUUGAAUUUCUCUCCUACUUGAAUGCGCCUUUGGUUUGUUGAGAGAAAUUGUUACCAACAGUAAAAUAUCAAAUACUUGCCAGAAGCAAGUGUGGUUUUUCUAAGAUUUAGGUUCAUUCAUUUGCCAACGGGACUCACAUCUGAUAAAAAUUCAACAUGAAGUUUAAUUUUUUAACAGAUGUAAAGUCCUUUCAUUCAGUCAUUUUCAUGGGAUUUCUAGGAAACAGUAGGAAAAAGAUUUGUUAAAAAUUUAGAUUAAAUAGUUCUGGCCUUUUUUGUUAAAUCUGGGUGUACAUCUCAUCUUGAUGAACCACAAGGAUUUCUCAGUGGGUUGGAGACAAAUUCUGAUGCCAAAAUAUUUAAAUUGUUUAGCUUUUGAAAGAAAAUCCUUUCCCUGUAUUUACUGAGAAAAAAACAACUUUGUUCAUGCACACUUUUCAUAUUGUAAGUGCUCUGCAGAACCCUUUCCUAUCACAAAAUAUCUUCUUUUGUGUAUUUGCCACCGUAACAUUGUCUCCCAUGAGAUGUAAGGAUACUGUAUAUCUAAAACAUAAAUAGAUAUUAAUGUUGAUAGGAAUUUUGGGAGAACAUUUUAGCUGUCAUUUAGAAAUGAGGUUCUGCAUACAUACAUCACAUGACCUUGUUUUACUUCAAUAAUGAGUGUAUGUUUAGGUUUGAUGGCAUUUAACAUCAGCGUUUACAUUGGGGGGGGGGCUUAACAAGUGUUUUCAUUUUUGUCUUUGUCAGAAUGUGUUAUAGAAAAUUAUGCUGUUGCUUGCACUCCAUUUAUGUUCUUAUUGCCAAGGAAGGGACAACACACACACGUACACACACAACGACACACAGUGGCAGUGGUACGGAUAGAGUGUACAUUUUGUGAUGUACAGUAUUAACCAUGGGAGACAAGGGAGCUAAAGGCCAGUUUAUUAUUGGUCAGACACACACAUGCAUGCAUACACACAUCAACUAUGUACAUUUAACCAAUAUAUUUUAGUAGAAUUUUGUCUCUAUUCAGUUGAAUGGCUUUUAUAGAAAACUUGGAUUUUUUUUUAGUUUUUUUUUUCUUUCUCAUGUUGUAUUUUAUUCUGCUAUCUUUCUGUAUGUUAUUGUUUUUAGGUUUUAUUUCAUGCAAAAAUGAUAUUUCAACAACAUAUUUUGACAGCCAAGAAAAAGUUUGUUACACAGCUAAACUUGAAGAAUAAUGUUGAUGAUGAUGACGAUGAUAAUAAUUAAUAAAAGUAAUACCAAACAUACUGAAAAUGGA